AGGCAGAGCGAACGGCCUUUCUUGAGCACUUGAGCAUGGGAUGGAAAGGUGAUGGUGAUGCCAAGGAUUCGUUGUGAGAAGGUUGUGAUGUUGUGAUCGUGUUUGCUGCCCUGCGAUCAGGCCCAGGGGAGUGGCAGCAGGCUCGUUUUGGAUGUUUUUGGUGGUUCAAGCUCAAGGGUAAGCUCCUUUGCUUCAAAAUGGUGAGGCCAAACUCCAACAACGGGGACAGCGAGCAGAGCGAUAGUUCCUGUGGAGACUCCUGAAUCAAGGCUUGCCGCCCUUCAGAUGGGUGGCACAGACGAGAAUGGCUGGUAUUCGAAGAACGGUGCCCUCGUCCAGCGAUCCAAGGAAGGCGGGCCGGAAGGCCAGCUGCCUUUCAGCCAGGCAUCAUCCACCCAACAGGCCUUUAUGGAUCAUGUCAAAGCCUGUCGUGUCGAACGAGUGGAGGAUUUGCUGGAAUUUCAUCGCGACAAAAUUGACGUGAACUUCCCUGACCCUUUGAAAGGGCAGACCCCUCUGAUGCUAGCUACGCUGGCCGGCAACAUCGACCUUGUGGACAUCUUGCUUGAGGAGCCUUCGGAUCUGCUGUGCAUCAAAUCAGCAGGCUGCAGCGGUCAGGCACAGGCAGAUCCUCACCUUCGGGAACGAACUGAGAUGGCGUACACCCCUCUGGAAGCUGCCCAGGUGAUCAUGCAGGAUGAAGAUCCAGAUUUUGAGGAUCUAGUGCGGAUCCUGCAAGAAGCCUCUGGGUGGGAGCCGUCCCAGCGAGGAGCUGCGUAGUUCAAUUGAGACGUUCUGCGAAGACAGCGGGGAUGUUGGACUUCCCCAGCUUGGCGCUGCACAAUCGCUCAAACCCCAGCGAGUUGAGAACGGCUCGAGAGGAAUUGUGGCUGCUCUGCGGCUGCUCAUUCAGGGCAUCCACACCCAAAAUACAUCAAAAUACCAGAAUUUGAAGGUACGAAGGGCUACCGACAACAAGAGCGAAUACUCCAGGAAAGCAACGUCAGUCAGGGUGCUUAAGACACACUGCAGAGAUCCGCAGAGUCAGAUGCAAA